CUCUGCUGCCUGCAACGCACACCGAGAACAUCAAGGUGCAAGCAACGACUGACAAUUCAUUUGGAAAUCAUUUGGUGAAUGAUGAGAAAGCGGGUCACAUUUGUUGAUCAUCUGAAAACCGAAAGUCUGUUAAAAAACGGAAGUGGUCACGUCUUGAUGAGGUCUGCUGAGUCUAACAACAGAUGCACUGAUGGUCAGCAAGUGAGGAAGACGUACAGAGAAAUACACAGAAAUGCACCUGCUGACAGCCAGCACAUGACCACAGUACACAUUCCCAAGUCUGUGAUGUCUGCACCCUUCCUACAGCACCCUGCCCUCACAACCGGACAGAGACGCUACCUGUACAGCAUCGCUAAUGUCUACAGUACAGAACACAUGAGACGACAGAUGAAGCAGCACUAUCUCAAUGUCCUGCACGCGUGUCUUCAGACAGGUCAGAAUCCCAACUGCAGGAGGAGGCUUCAGUGUGGAGAAAAUGGCACCGUCCCAAAGGACACAGAGAAGGAUGCAGAGGAAAGGGCAAAGCCACAAGGACGGAGGAAAGGCAGCAGCAGCAGCAGAGGCACGGCGCGUCCUGAUGUCAUACUUCCAAAAAUAGCAAACAGAAGAGGGAUGUGAUAGCAAAUGGUUGAACUGUUGAAGGUUAUAACAGCCUUAUGAGGUGUUUAUCUGAUCAUUGUUGUAUCUACACCUGCAGACGUUCAAAUAUAGCUUCUGCUGGUAAGACAUUUAUUAGUAAUAGUCUUUAUGUGUAAUUGCAUUCUUACAAAUGUUUCCAGCAAAACCUUUAUAAAUGUUAUACUACAUAUACAGUAUACAUAUGUAUAUAUAUAUAUAUGUGUAUAUAAAUAUACAUAUAUAUGUAUAUAUAUACUGUAUGUAUCUAUAUAUGUAUAUUUAUAUAGAUAGAUAGAUAGAUAGAUAGAUAGAUAUGGAUAUAUAUCUGACCAUGUUGCACACAUGUAGAUCUGUUAAGCUGCAAUUUGAAAUAGCACUGCCUUUUAAUAAUAAAAGUACUAAAACAAUAUAAUUGUAAUAAAAAUCCUGAGUGCUUUAUGUAAUACAACUUGCCACGUUUUGUGAUAAGUCAUUACAUAUUGCAGUGGUAUACUAUUAUUAUUAUAAAGGGGAGAGUUUGAAUGUUUUUUUCCUGCAAAAAAUUCACAAUUGAUGUAUAAUGUAAUAAUCAACAAAAAUGGUUGUCUUAGUUAAAUAAAAAAUAUUAGAACAGUAUUUAUUGUGAGUAGUGUUGCCUAAAGCUGGGUGAAAAUAACUGCAGUAUAUUAGUAAUUCGUUAAAUUAAAGGCUUAGGUUAAGGGCUACAUUAAAUUAAACUAAAUUAAAUUAAAUGAGUUCAUGCAAAAAUUGCCCUCAUAUUAGAAAUACUGAAGAAGUUGCAAUUACUGCAUCUGCUGGUGUUGCACGGAAAUCUGUGACCUCACUGUAGCUGAAUAAUAAUGUAAAACCUCAAAUUAAUCUGGAAAUUAUAUGUGUAUGAAGGAUCAUCACAGA